AUGCAGAAACUCGCUCAAGGUGACAAGUAUGGUGAUGCAGGGCCCGCUGGGGCGAAGGAGCAGCAGGCGCGGCACCCUAGCGGCACCCAUCAGCACGCCGUCAGCAAUGGCGAGGCGCGCGACGCCGUGCCCAACGGCGCGCAGACGCCGCUGAAUCUGAGCUCGGAUGCGGUAGCCACGGUCGCAUCGAUUGGGAGCCCCGCCAAGGAGGUCUCGACGCAGGAUCAGCACCAGCACGAACAGCAGCAGCAGCAGCAGCAGCAGCAGCCCCAGGAGCAUGACCACGCCCACGAGCUCCGGUUGCAGGUGGGCACAAACCAACACCAGCAGCCGGAGCAGCACUACCACCACCAGCAGCAGCAGCAGCAGCAGCAGCAGCAGCGGCGCCGGCGCCGGCUCUCAGAUGACCCGCGGCGCGUGCUCAUCGCCCUGCCCGACAGCCCCGCCCAACAAUCGGCCGACGAGUCCGCCUCCCCCGCGCCCGGCCCCGGCCCGGCCACGCUGCCCGUCCUCACCGCCGCGGCGGCGGCGCUGCAGGGCGCCCCCGCGUCCGGCGGCAGCCCGGCGGCCGCCGCCGCGCCGGCUCUGCACGCCGGCCAGGUGCUGAGUUCGAGCGGCCGCAG